AUGGACGGUUGCGGGAUGAGCUGUAUAAAAUACCUCCUUGUUGUUUUCAACGCGAUAUUUAUGAUAUUCGGUAUCGUAAUAAUAGCGGUAGCAUGUGUGGACAUGGGGAUGCUGAAGGGGUUCGCGGGCAUGGAGACGAAUGGACAUGAGACAGAUGCAGUUCUGAUAGCUGUUGGUGUUCUCAUCAUCAUUGUAGCGGCGUUUGGAUGCUUUGGCGCUUGGAAGGAGAGCCCCAAGUUGCUGUAUAUUUUCGUCGGCUGCUUAAUACUGAUCAUCCUUUUGGAACUGUCCGUGGGCAUUGCUGCUGCAGCCCUCCGUCCUCAAAUCGAAGGCACCAUGAAGACACAGCUGCGUGCUUCUUUCAUCAAGAACAAGUCGACACGAGAGGAGGAUUCCGUAUACAGAGAAUUCUGGGACAAGAUUCAAAAUAACCUUGAAUGCUGCGGUGUGACCGGACCCGAUAACUACGUUGCGUCCGAGCCUCGCCUGAAUCCCUCCUACAGCUGCUGUCCACCGGAUGACUCUGACCGAGCUGUGGAAAUUAAGCGAUCUGACUGUAUCUCCCUCAACAAGUACUACCAACAGGGCUGCGAGGAUAAGGUCCUCAGUACAAUCCAUAGUGCUGGCUUGUCGGUGAUCGUGUGUGGAAUCUUGUUCUGCUUUUUGGAGGUGGUCGGCAUAGUGUUAGCUUUGUGGCUGGCUCAUUCCAUCAAAAACGAAGGAAAAAGUAGAGAAACAGCUUAA